CGCGCCUGGAGAGGAAGAUGACCGACAGUCUGAAUAAAAUCUCCGACGUCGCGGUUGAUCCCGAUGGGGAGUUCAAGUACAUUUUAGUGAGGGUGAAGGUUAAAGGUGGCACAGACCACAAAGACGUAGUCCGGGGCACGCGGAGUGCCAAGUACCACAAUCAGAUUUUUGAGAAAGUCAGCCCUGCUGUGGAGAGUCUGGGUCUGGAGUGUACAUGUCUGGGAGGCGGUAAAAUGGAGCACAACAGUAAAGAGAAGAAACUGCGAGUGUUUGGAGAAUCGACGGGUUAUGGAAAGGCUGACCAUGCCGUGACAGUGGAAAAGCUAAAAGCUGUUUUCAAAGACUAUGAGAUCACUAUGGAAUAAGAGAAAAGGCAUUUGUGUGAAAAUGCCCUCAUUACAUUAGAUUUCCCUAACUUCAUACCUAAUGUUUGAGUUUCACUGGAAGAUAUGUGCCUUAUCUUACAAAAUUAUGAUAAACUAAAUUAUUACUCCAAUAAAUUAUCAGUGCUUUUCACUUGUA